GGUGUAACUAUAGUCGCCCAUUUACGCUGCUAUGUAAGCACAUUGAUGUAAUUGCAGAUACCAGAAAUUUGGUUAUCAUGGCCUCCGUUAAUUCAGCCGCGAAAUUUGUCGAUCAAUGACUUAUAACGAGUUGCAACACUGGUGAGCGAUAUCGAGGAGUUUGUAUCUCCGAGUUCUCCACUUGUCCGUUUUUUGCUGCUAUUCCGCGUUGCGUUUACGUCUGCUUGUCAAGGACGGCUGGCUGUAUAUAUCUCCAGCGACACAGCUGUUGAGUACAGUGUCAGAAUGAAUGCCGCGAAGCGCGUACUGGCAAAUGCUAGCCAUUUAGACAUAUUCAAUAGUAUAUUAGGUACCAGGUCAUUUCACAUUUCUCAGAAGAGGUUGAAAGCAAAAAUUAUAGAUGGUGUGAAAAUUGCGAGAGAUAUUAGAACAGAACUGAAAGUUGAGGUGGAGAAAUGGGUAGCAGAGGGCAACAGGCAUCCACAUCUUGCCGCUAUUCUUGUUGGACAAGAUCCUGCCAGCAAAUCUUAUGUAUCAAGUAAAAUGAAAGCUGCAAAAGAAGUUGGUAUAACUACAAGUACAAUAGCUUUAGCAGACACUGUAACAGAACAGGAAUUACUGGACCAUAUACAGCAGUUAAAUGAAGAUGUGGCAGUGGAUGGCAUACUUGUUCAGUUGCCUCUGCCAGAGCAUAUAACUGAAAGGGCAAUAUGUAAUGCUGUUGCUCCACACAAGGAUGUUGAUGGAUUUAAUAUUGUCAAUGUUGGUAGAUUCUGUUUGGAUAUGAAAACCUUAAUUCCAUGCACUCCUCUGGGUGUGCAAGAAUUGAUUAAGAGAUCAGGUGUAGAGACAUUUGGGAAGAAUGCUGUAGUUUGUGGCAGAUCAAAGAAUGUUGGCAUGCCCAUAGCUAUGCUGCUUCAUGCUGAUGGUCAAGGAGAAACUUCAGCAAUGGAUGCUACAACAACAAUCUGUCAUAGAUAUACACCACCUUCACAGCUUGCUACACUGACAAAACAUGCUGAUAUAAUAGUUUCAGCUGCAGGUGUUCCAAAUUUAAUACGGGCAGAUAUGGUGAAGAAAGGUUGUUGUGUCAUUGAUGUUGGAAUUACAAGAAUAAAGGAUGUUAAAACUGGAAAAUCAAAACUAGUUGGUGAUGUUGACUAUGAAGCCGUCAGUGAAGUUGCCGGGCACAUAACUCCUGUCCCUGGUGGUGUUGGGCCAAUGACUGUAGCUAUGCUCAUGAAGAACACAGUUAUUGCUGCUAAGAAGACUGUUGUGUACAAUAUCCUCGAUCCUGGAGCUGUGGUACAGAAGAAGGCUUCUCAGCUGAGGCCCUAGUAACACGACAUUAAAAGUGAUGCAUAGAAACCAUACAGAGGGAGUAUAGGAACUCCACCACAGUCUUUCAGUGAGAAGAAAAUUAAGAUAUGUUGACUGUGAUCAUUGUCAGUAUUGAAGCAAACUAUUUGUUGUGAAACUAAAUAAGCAGUCGGAAAAAUUAAGUCAAAUUGGGUAUUAAAAAUACUGUUUUUAUGCCCUAAAAACUAAAUAUAUGUAUGUAAUUUGAGUGGAGUUUAAAUUUUAGCAUACGUCUUAUUUAUUUUCAUAAGAAAAAGUGAUCAGUCCAUCCAAUUUUUAUAUAAUGAACAAAAUAAAGAUAAAUAUUUAAGAAGUUAA